AUGAUCAAUAAUAAACCUCAAGUAUCUAUUGAAUAUUGUCCAAAAUGUCGGUGGUUAUUAAGAGCCUCAUGGUUAAGUCAAGAAUUACUUACAACUUUUGAAAAUGAACUUGGACAAGUUAGUCUUAUUCCUGGUGAUACUGGUGUAUUUUUAAUUAAAGUGAAUGAUGUUGUGAUUUGGGAUAGAAAACAGGAACAAGCAUUUCCAGAAGCAAAAAUAUUAAAACAAAAGGUGAGAGAUCUUAUUGCACCUCAAAAAUCUCUUGGUCAUUCGGAUGUAAAAAAAGACAACAAUAAUAAUCAAACUGGCGACGAUCAAAUUGCAUGCAAGACUUGUCCUCCUUGAUGCCCUUGAUACACCACUUGACAUCUUAUUUAAACUUCCGCUUGUCCUUUUUUAGCUUUUUUUUUUUUCUCCCUUCCCACUCUUUUAUUUUUUUUUUUUCUCAAUAAACACC